AUGAUGUGGCCUGAUCUCCUUCUUAAACCUCGUUUCUCAGCUGCGUCUAACCUCCUCUGCUCUCCUUCCAGGAACUUCACUGACCAGCUGAGGAAGAUCUCGAAGGACGCGGGGAUGCCGGUCCAGGGCCAGCCCUGCUUCUGCAAGUACGCGCAGGGGGCCGACAGCGUGGAGCCCAUGUUCAGGCACCUGAAGAACUCUUACGCCGGCCUGCAGCUCAUCAUCGUCAUCCUGCCGGGGAAGACGCCCGUCUAUGCCGAGGUGAAGCGGGUCGGGGACACCCUUCUGGGAAUGGCCACUCAGUGCGUUCAGGUGAAGAACGUGGUCAAGACGUCCCCCCAGACACUGUCCAACCUCUGCCUGAAGAUCAACGUCAAGCUGGGAGGCAUCAACAACAUCCUGGUGCCACACCAGAGGCCGUCGGUGUUCCAGCAGCCCAUCAUCUUCCUGGGGGCUGAUGUCACCCACCCCCCAGCUGGAGACGGCAAGAAGCCGUCCAUCGCAGCGGUGGUGGGCAGCAUGGACGCCCACCCCAGCAGGUACUGCGCCACCGUGCGGGUCCAGAGGCCCCGGCAGGAGGUGAUCCAGGACCUGGCCUCCAUGGUGCGAGAGCUCCUGAUCCAGUUCUACAAGUCGACCCGCUACAAGCCCACCAGGAUAAUUUUCUACCGGGACGGCGUGUCCGAGGGCCAGUUCAGACAGGUGCUGUGCUACGAGCUGCUGGCUGUGCGGGAGGCCUGCAUCAGCCUGGAGAAGGAGUACCAGCCGGGGAUCACCUACAUCGUGGUGGGACGCAGCGGGAACAUCCCGGCCGGCACCACGGUGGACACAGACAUCACACACCCCUACGAGUUCGACUUCUACCUGUGCAGCCACGCCGGGAUCCAGGUCCUGGAUGGACAGCUGUGCUGUGCCCCCCCACAGGGAACCAGCCGGCCCUCCCACUACCACGUCCUGUGGGACGACAACUGCUUCUCUGCGGAUGACUUCCAGCUGCUGACCUACCAGCUGUGCCACACCUACGUGCGCUGCACGCGCUCCGUCUCCAUCCCCGCCCCCGCCUACUACGCCCACCUGGUGGCCUUCAGGGCCCGCUACCACCUGGGCAGCCAGAUCUCUGGGCAGAGCAACGGCCGAGACCCCCAGUCGCUGGCCAAGGCCGUCCAGAUCCACCAGGACGCCCUUAGGACCAUGUACUUCGCCUGA